AUGAUAUCAAAAUACAUAGAAUCUAAUGAGCGAUUUUUCUUACCUUUUAAGCGGUGUGCAAUUUGGCGAAAUCGACGAGCAUUUUUGCGCUUUCUACAAAAUCAAAUAGACAACAGUAAAUUUUCGCCGGAUAUUGUUGAAAGUUUGGAAGUGGCCGCACAAUGCCUGGAAACGGCAUACGAUCUACCAUCGUUGAGUAGUGAUGGUGCUUCGGGUGAUGAUAAUCCAUUGAAUCACAUAGAUUUGUACGACAUUUACCAGAGCACAUGCUGCACCAUCAGCCCGGAUCGAAAACAAGAGGCGGAAAACAUCAAAAAUGAGGGAAACCAACUGAUGAAAGAGGAAAAAUAUACGGAGGCUUUGGUCGCAUACAAUCGCGCACUCAGCAUAGACGCAACCAAUCCAGUGUUUUAUUGUAACCGAGCUGCUGCUUAUAGCCGAUUGGGCGACUACCAAAAAGCGGCCGAAGACUGCAAAAUGGCUCUGAGAUACGAUUCAAACUACAGCAAAGCAUACGGUCGUCUUGGUAUGGCCUAUGCAAAAAUGAACAAGAACAAGGAAGCUGAAGAUGCAUACAAGAAUGCACUUCGUUUGGAUCCAGAUAACGCUGAUUACCAAAAUAACUUGAGUGUCACUCAACAACGCAUCCAAGAAGCUCAAACCGCAGCACCAAGUGACGGUCUUCCACCAAAUUUUGCUGAGCAAAUGGGAGGUAUAAAUUUCAAUGCCGCAUUCAAUAACCCAGCCCUAAUGAACCUUGCCACCCAAAUGAUGUCCGAUCCAGCGAUGCAAGAUACGAUUUCACAAUUGCGCAAUCAAUUGUCGGGCAUGAACAAUAUGAAUGGUAUUUUUGAAAUUGGACGUCAAUUGGUUGGACAAAUGCGUACGAAUAAUCCGGAAAUGUUUGAAGCGGCAACGCAAGCAGCAGCACAAGCAACACUUGCCAAUAUGGAUCCAAAUAAUCCGAAUCCGAAUCCGAAUCCGAAUCCGAAUCCGAAUCCAAAUAAUCCAGACCAACCGCCACCAUCGAUCUAAACAACAAAAAAUCAUGUUAUUAAUUCUUCACAUCAGAAAAAAACAACAACAAAAACAUGUAUUCCUUUUAAUCGUCGAGCAUUUCGUUUUUAGUUAGAUCGAUCAGCAUUGAACUAUUCCUAUUUUGCCUUUUCUCUCUCUCUCUCUCUCAAUAAUAAUUCAAUAAAAACAAAGAAAUGAAACAAAUCCAUAUGGUUGGGCCAAAGUAAAAAAAAUUGUUUUUGUAUUCUUCCAUACACACGAACGCACGAUUUAAAGUAGAAUUAAUUGAGUUAGAUUCAUAUGCGAUGCAUGCAAUUCUGAAAAAAAAAAAUCCAACAAAAGUCACAAUUGAUGUAAGCUAAAAAAAGCUUCUCUUUAUUUUUCAAUACUAAAACAGAACGUUUACAUCUAUAAAAUAAAUAAAUGUAUUCUUGAUUAUCCAACAAAUCGAAGGACUCUCGUAGUUGAGGAGGUCGGGCUUGCGCAGGCUUAAUCAAAAAUAUCAUCGGCAAACAAAAAAAUCGAGAGAAAACCAAAAAUCAUUGAAUUUUUUUUUUCUUCAAAAAAGAAAACACGUUCCAUAUAGAACGAAUAACAACAAAAAUGUAUACUCUUCAAUAAACGCUCCAUUCACUAAAUUGUGUCUAUAUAAAAAGAAAGUCACCUGUCGUCUGGAGAACCAAAUGAAUCAAGUCUUGAAAUCAAAUCGAACGAAACAAGCCACGAAAAGAGAAUUCUGAACCAACAGUCUUCCUCUUCGUUACAUAAUAUAUAUGGGUACAAACAUCUCUUAUCUCUUCUGUCUUGUUUUUUAUUUGUUUUGUUAUGCGUAUAAAUGCGAUGCGUAAAAGAACCAUUGAAAAAAAAAUUGAAUAAAAAUUCCUGUACCUGUAUACAAAA